AUGAAAACUUUGUUGGUUGUUAUCAUUCAUAAAAUCUACACGCAUUGGUCUACAUCAGGAUGAAGUCUAUUAUCUAUUCUAUCGUUCUCUUACUUUCAAUUUAUUCUACUCAAGGUCGCAGCUAUGGCUACCACAAGAAGACGAAAAAGGCACCAGUUGUGUUACCCAGCAUCAAAAUUCCACACUGUAACGUCGGAUGUACAAGACAGUUUAUAUCUCUAGAAUGUAGACAGGAAACAUUCGGAUUUGAGAAUGGCGUGAGAUGUAAGGGAUGCGACAUUGAUAUUUGCAGAGGCAGGGGAGAUAAUUUCAACAGAUGGCAGGACAAUGAAAGAAGAGAAAAUAAUGGUCGCUGGAGAAAAAAGGAUCAAGGAAUCGAUGUUGGAUUCAUUGAUAACAUUCAAAAUGACAUUUUAAAUCAAGGACAAGGGCUAGAUCAAGGUGAUAGGUCAAGAAGUAGAUUCGAUACUAGAAUAAAUAGACAAUCCAGAAAUGAAUGGAAUUGAUAAUCGGACUUUCGUGUUAGGAAAAUAUGUUAUCACCUAGCAUGUUAUAAUUAGUCAUGAAAUCCACGUUAUAUAAGUGAAACAUUGUGUCAAUGUUUUAAUAUAU